AUGUCUUUUUUACUUCCACGCCCGGCGGCGGCGGAUGCCCUCCGUAGAUAAAGGUCUUAUUUUUAAUUUAAUGUUAUUGUCGCAAAAAUGGACACCAGAAAGCUGACGGAAAUAUUACGCGCUACUAUCGAUCCCAACCAGAGGCAGCAGGCUGAGGAGCAGUUAUCGCAGAUUCAUAAAAUCAUUGGAUUUGCUCCUUCUCUGCUACAAGUGGUUAUGCUCAAUGAAGUUCAGCCACCGGUUAGACUGGCAGGUGUGGUGUAUCUUAAGAAUUUGGUUACAUCUGGCUGGCAAGAAAAGGAUCCUGAAGAUGAAGAGCCUGCACCCUUCGUCAUCCAUGAACAAGACCGGGCCAUGAUCAGGGACAGCAUUGUGGAUGCCAUUGUCCAAGCCCCAGACAUUAUCCGAGUACAACUAUGUCUGUGUCUGAAAACUAUUAUAAAACAUGACUUUCCCACCCGUUGGACCCAAAUCGUUGACAAAAUUCACAUAUACUUGCAAAACCCGGAGCCUUCCAGCUGGAUGGGAGCCCUUCUGUGCCUUUACCAGUUAAUAAAAAAUUACGAAUACCUUGUUGUGGAGAAACGUGUGCCACUUAUAGAGGCCAUGAACCUUUUGCUGCCAAUGAUGUACAACCUGAUAGUGAAUCUCCAAGCUGAUCAAUCAACGGAGUCCGUUCUCAUACAGAAACAAAUACUCAAAUGCUUUUAUGGUCUAAUUAAGUACAUCCUUCCUCUAGACCUAAUAACCAAGGAGAUCUUUACGAAAUGGAUGGAAGUCCUCCGGGCAGUUAUGGAAGCUCCCGUCCCGGAGAGCACUCUCCAGGUAGAGGAAGAUAUGAGAAUGGAGUUGCCGUGGUGGAAGUGCAAGAAGUGGGCCGUGCAUACUCUGUACCGGCUGUUUGAAAGAUACGGGAGCCCUGUGAAUGCUCGUGAAGAAUAUGUACAAUUUGCCGAAUGGUAUCUGACAACCUUCACUGGUGGCAUACUUGAAGUAUUGCUGAGGAUACUUGACCAAUACAGGAACAAGGUUUACAUAUCACCCAGGGUUCUGCAACAGACCAUCAGCUACAUAGACCAGUGUGUGGGCCAAAGCCACUCGUGGAAACUACUAAAGCCACACAUGUUUGCCAUCAUCCAAGAUGUACUGUUCCCGUUGAUGUCUUACUCAGAAUCCGAUGAGGAGCUAUGGAACACGGACCCACAUGAAUACAUCCGUAUCAAAUUCGAUAUAUUCGAAGAUUUUGUAUCACCCGUCACCGCAGCCCAAACUCUCCUAAUAUCAUGCUGCAAAAAGCGAAAAGACAUGUUAGAGCGCACCAUGCAUCUUUGCAUGCAAAUACUGCGCAGUCAGACCGGUGAACAUGGGCCUCGACAGCGAGACGGCGCCCUUCAUAUGGUCGGGACUCUCAAUGACAUUCUGAUGAAAAAGAAAUUCUACAAAGAAGAGAUUGACUCCCUUCUCAGCCAGUAUGUUUUCCCCGAAUUCCACAGCCCUCUAGGUUACAUGCGAGCUAGAGCUUGCUGGGUUCUUCAAUGCUUUGCUGCUGUUCGUUUCAAGAGUGAACCUCUACUUAUCGAAGCUGUACGUCUGACUAUUAACGCUCUUCUCACCGACUCAGAACUACCCGUGAAGGUAGAAGCGGCCAUAGCCCUGCAAAUGCUAUUGACGUCGCAAGAAAAAGUCCACAAAUACCUGGAGCCCCAAGUAAAGCUGGUCACUACGGAGUUACUUGGGAUUAUAAGAGAGACAGAGAACGAUAAUAUUGCAAAUGUACUUCAGAAGAUAGUACCGUUAUAUACUGAACAGUUGAUGCCAAUGGCGUUUGAGAUCAUGGACCACUUGGCGACGACUUUCAGCACGGUUAUUGAGACGGAUUCGGGGACUGAUGAGAAGGCGAUUACUGCUAUGGGUCUCCUGAAUACCAUGGAGACGAUUUUGAAUGUCAUGGGCGAAAAUCCUGAUAUCAUGGCGCAGCUAGAGAAGACGGUGCUUCGCGUCGUGGGGCACAUCUUACAUCACAAUAUCAUUGAAUACUAUGAAGAGGCCAUGACUCUGCUCUGCGAACUAACAACAAAUAAAAUAUCUGAGGACAUGUGGAAGGUGCUUGAGCUUCUUUACCAGAUGUUUGAAAAGGAGGGUUUCGACUACUUCACAGAUAUGAUGCCUGUGCUACAUAAUUACAUUACAGUGGACACCAAUGCUUUCCUCUCCAAUGAGAACCAUAUACUGGCCAUGUUCAAUAUGGCAAAAGCGGUGCUAAACUCGGACGCGGAAGACGAGUCUGAGAUCAUAGCCGCCAAGCUGUUGGAAGUGAUGGUGCUCCAAUGCUCGGGCAAGAUCGACAACUGCUUGCCCUCGUUCGUGGAGCUCGUGCUGAACCGGCUCACUCGGAAGGUCAAGACUUCCGAGCUCAGGACUAUGUUGCUGCAGGUCCUGAUAGCGAUCCUGUACUGCAACCCUCACUUACUAUUCUCGAUCCUUGACAAGCUACAGGAGUCUGUGCCCAACGCGUCCAUCACCCAGCACUUCAUGAAACAGUGGAUACACGACACAGAUUGCUUUAUGGGACUGCACGACAGAAAGCUGUGCGUGCUCGGCAUCUGUACUCUGCUGGAGAUGGGCCCGCAGAGACCGAACCUGGACGAGAUCGUGCCGAAGCUGCUGCCGUCGUGCCUCGUGCUGUUCGACGGGCUCCGGCGCACUUACGAAUCACGCGCCGACGCGGAAUCCUCUUCCUCCGAGGAGGAUGACGACGAUGAAGAUGACGAAGAAGUGCUAGAUAGUGAAGAGGAUGACCUUGAACACGACUACUUGGCGAACUUGGCCCGCCUCGCCACCAAGAACAGCGCGGCUCAGGGGGUCGAGGUCUCUGCUAAGAUCGAGGACUACGAUGAUAGCGACGAUGACGAUGAAAAUUUCGAGCAUAACGAGACAGUACUGGAAUGCUACACAACUCCACUUGACGAUAAGGACUGUCUGAUCGAUGAAUACAUUAGGUUCAAAAGUACUCUGUCAGCUCUGUCGACGACGGAGCCAGCUCUGUACCACGCCCUGACCUGCGUGCUCAAUGACGAGCAGCAGAAGCAGCUCAAAUCUGUGCUCGUGCUGGCCGACCAGCGUAAAGCGCAGCAGGACAGCAAGCGCAUCGAACAGAGUGGCGGCUACUCAUUCACCGUGCCCGCACAAGUACCAACAAAGUUUAAAUUUGGAUCAUAAUCUAAGAACGCGUACUAAAUUCUCAAGUAGCAAGCCAACGGGCCUACAAUUCUUGGACUAUCCAGAUCAUCUCCAUACAGUUUACAUCACUACAGUUCACGAGGUUUGGUCUUAGAUGGAUAUACGAAUACUAUAAUAAUCAACCGGUUCUGUUUAUUCUCGUUAUAUAGGUUCAACUCACACUUGCGCAGAGUUGAAGCGACGCGUUAAUGUCAAGCUGUGUUACAAUUUAGGUAUUUUUCUUCAUAUAUGCCUAAAUAGUACAAUAGCUUACAAAUAGUAUAUAUAUUAGUCACAGCUACCAUAUAAUAGGCAAUAUGUUUAGGAAAGUAUCUUUCAACAAAACAGAGUGAAGAUUCCAUGUGAUCCUUUUCACCGCUUACAUUUUAUCUAGAACUUUUAGCAGGCAUUCAUAUUUUGAAAAAUAAAUUAUCUCAGUGCUGCAGUACAUUUGUCUGUCUUUAUUUCUGUGUUAUAAAGUCACUGCACUAACAGUUGUCCAAUGCGUGCAGUGAGUCUGAAGAUAAUGGGACAAAUAAUUUAUUAAUUUUUUGGCACUUAUAAAUCGUAAUAUACAUUAUCGCUAAAAUAUCCACGUAAAUCUACGUAAUAACGCGCGAUCGUGUCCGAAGGGCUUUUCAUUAUUAUUUGAUAGAUUUUACUGACGACUUCGUACACGUCUAAAGAUUCAGCUCACGGUUCUUAGUGGGGAGCACUAAAAGAUGAUAUUUCCCAAAAUUCCUAAGGAUACAUACCAAAUUUCAGUUUUCUAGCAGUAGUUUCGGUUUUGCGUUGUCUAUUAGACAGCUACGAAAGAAUUUUCUAUAUUGUUUUUCUUCGAUAAUAUUUAUAAAAAAUAUACAAAUAAAUUUUCUUUUUAUGUGAUAAAAACAACCCCACGCGUCGCUUCGUGAGUGUAUGACUUUACGGCCUCUAUUUCUUAAGUUUCGUUAAAAAGAGUCCUUAAGACUGCAUAAAAGGAGUACGAACCCUGCCUAAAAAAAGAGACAGCACGAUGCUUAAGAAAUAAUCCUUAACAAUCUAUAAACAUUGAACUAAUAUUGACUAAAAUAUAUUUUAUUCACACUUCAAGCUAUUUCGCUUCAAUAUUUAAUGUAUAUUUAAUUCAAUACAAUAUUAUUACUUCACGGAGGCUAAGUUAUUAACAAAGUGAUUCUAUAGAAUAGAAGCGCCACACGUGCCACUUCCAAACGUUACGGCAUGCAUGUUGGUCGGCAGUUUAAUCGAGUAAGAGCGCAACGCGUUAUUUAUUACAUGAAUAUGGCGUUUAAAAGCGUAUGCUUACGAUGGAAUCUGUCAAGCAACUAGGUGACGUGUAUAUAGAUGUUGACUUGCUGUACGUUAUACGUAUCUCCCUUCCCUUUCGUUCAACCAAUGGCAGCGACAUAUUGUUUAUCAAAGGACAUGAGCACUUGAUCUCACCAAUGAGAAACAUGCCCAUCUCUGAUUUAAAGCUUUAUACCUUUAGCUGCAGUGACUUGGAGGGCUAUUUUGACAGCGGAUUAUUGAUCCAAUCAUGUAUUUAUUGUACAUUAUAUGUUAUUCUACAUAUAGCAAAUAAUAUACUUUGCACAUGUCUUCAUCCCUCACGGACGGAUCAUCGUGCUACAUAGGUAAUCGGCCACUUCGGCUGAUUUCAGUCGCACUACGUCUAAAACAACGUGCGCUUGCAUUGUCUCUAGAUAAAUACGAACUAAAAUACACAUAUUCUCAAAAAAUCCUUGUUAGAAAAAAAAGAGUAUAUUGAUAAACUUAAUGUGUAUAGAUAUUUUAAAUUUCGUUUAUGUCCACUACUUUUCAUAUAACGGGGGCAUUCCAUUGUCAUUUUAAAGUGAUUAGUAGCUUUCGAAUUCCCGAAAUCUUUUACAAAGCAGUGCUGUUAAUAUUUUUCAAUUAUUUUAGAUGUCCAUGUCCAUGUCCACUGUGAAUUUUCAUUUAGCCGAAUGUUUAUUGACGCAACUUGUUCAACUAUUCAAUCUUAUUGCGAAUCAUAUAAAAUUAAACUAAUCCCGCAGAUAAACGUGUUCUGCUGAAUUUUCUCCACUUUUGAUGAUAAAAUUCGUAAUAUCAAUUGACUACACCAAUUGUAGAUUAAAUCAAUUUUUUUAAAAGAGAACAAGUGGAAAUCUUCUAUGGAAACAUAACUUUUAUCCUGUGACUUUUUUACCAGCUUUUUAGUGGUAAUGUUCUAUAGAUAUUAACCGAUCACAAGACUCGCCGGGCUAUACAUAGGGUGCAUAGCAACUUAUCAAUCCGGUACUAUUAGAGCCUAGUCUUAGAACACCGAACUUGAUAAUUGAUAAUAACAACAGCAAAAUUGUGUUAAUAAAUAGAACUGGUCAUGUAAAUUUUACAGAAAAGACUUUUGUUACAAAUAUCGAUGUUACAUUAUAUAAAAUUUGAUCUUGCACGUUUUUGAUAUAUUAAGAGUAAAACAAAAACUUCUAUAGUUUUCAAGUAUACGAUAUUUAAUCGUAUAGUAGGAUUUUUGUGAAAAUAAUGUAGGGAAAAUAACAGAUAAGCGCUCCCUUACUUAUAACGAGGUAAUUUCUUAAGUCUGGGCCAAUUUCCUUGUGUCCUUUUCGGUGGUUAUUUACUGUGGUGUCUCAGAGUUAAACCAGAUCAUAGACAACUUCUCUAAUUCCAGCGUCAUAUAGGCGCUUCCACCUAAAUAUAAUGCAGACCGUAUCAAAAGUUUGUUGCAAAUUCACUAAGUAAUCAUAAUAUAACUAAUUUUGUUUAUUUUGUCAAAUAGGUACGUUUACUGAUUUCUAUUACGGCGUUGUAAUGUUGCCAAGAAACGGUUAUUGUUAAAAAAUUGGGACAUUUGAUGGUUGCUCCCUUCUUUUUUCCACCAAACUUUGAAGAAUAAACAUUGUUAAAAUUGUGAAAAUAUUUUAUACGUACUCUACCCGAUUUAAUGGUUUUAUCAAAUUAUCACUUGUGUGAGAUUUUCCCACUUCCCUGUCAUAUUUUUUUUAAUAAACAUUUUAAAGUUAUUAUUUGACCCAUUAAUAACUAGAAUAGUAUGAAAUAAUUUAGCAAUACUAUACAAAGUAUGGAAAAAUAACCAAUUUUAUUCAUUCGUUUGUAAACUAGCCUUAUACUUGUUGUAGGUUAAUUAUAAAGUUAUUUAACAGCCCGCGGGGCUUUGCUGUACUUUGUUAUUUUUUUAAUACUUUGUUAUAUGAUUUAUUCUACUAUACCGCUGUGUAUGUUCUUUUAUGGCAUGUUAACUGUUUUCAUCAUUUAUUUAGUCUCAGUUUUAAAUUUGUGGUAUAAAUAUAAAUAGCUUUUAAGUCCUAAAAAUGAAAUGCAUUUACGGAGCACGUUAAAAAUACUUGUUGCAAGCUUUUCCUAUCGGAAUAAAAUAUAUUUUGUGUUUUUUUUUUUAAUAGUUAUUAAUGAUAUAAAUUGGGUCGUUGAAUGUUUUAUAUAAAUGGAAAGAUCAUAUAUCCUUAGGUAUUGUAAUAAAUGUUUUAGGCUGGUACUAUUUAACGUGCGCUUUAAAUUUUCACUACUAGGUAAUAUUAAUUUAUGAAUUGAUAAAGACGCAGAUGAUAUAUUGAAAUCUCGAGAAUGCGUUUAGACGGCGCUGUCCAAACGCGGGAUUGUGAAAACGACCAUUCUUUUUAAUUUUGUUUUAAGAAUUGAUAUUAAUAAAAAAAAAUAUAUUCGUUUACAAGUUUCGAUGUUACAAAUGUAAAAAAAAAAAAACGAUUAUAACGUUAGAAGUGUCGUUACACUGGCUAUUUUUCCAUGGAUAUGAUCCUUUGUUGGUAUUGUUAAAUAUUGAAUUAAACAGAAACUUCUAAUUAUUAUCUUUCCAUUUAUUAAAAAGAUUUUUUUUUCAAUAACCCAAUUAUAACAAGUUGGUUAUUGUAAGGUCCAUUGAAAAAAUAUAGAUGUCGAAUUUGAAAUUUGUAAGUGUAUACAUAAUUGCUAUAUUCUAUAAAUCAAUGUGCUAUGCUAAUUAUAUGUUCGAUUGUGAUGCUAUCAUCGAAAUUAUGUACAUAUUGAUAAUGAUUAUGUCAACACCCUUUUUAUAUUAUUUGUCAAACUAUAAGAUUUCAAUUGAAAUUGGGUGAAGGCCGAUUGUACUAUGUAUAAAACGUUGUCCGGUAGGUUUCUAGUAGUCAACAAUGUUUUAUGUUACUAAAUUAUUUACUAUAUACAGCAGAUGCGUAUGAAUAUGACAUUAGAAUUUGAAGUUUAUAAAAAAUAUGGUUCAAUCUGUAUCCUAGCAACAUAUUAGUGUUAACACAUAGAUAAUAAUAUAUCAGUAAUUCUGAAAUAAUCUUUUCUAUAGGAAGUUGUAACACAGAUUAUUCCUAAUCUGUGGUUUUUAAGAAAAAAACAUUUUAAUGGAAUAAAAUAGCGCUAAACAAGUUAAAAUUUGAAUGUUAUAUACCUAAUUAUACCUAAUGUUUCGGUAUUGUUUGAGAAUAUGCAUGUUAGAUGUUCACUGUUCGUGUACCGAUGCACACAGAUCUAUAUCAUUAUGACAUCAUUCGAAGCUAUCCUAUCGUUAUGAACGCAUUAUCUAAAUUCUUUGUGUUAUUAUACUGUACUACACCUUAGUUGUAAACACAAAUACAUAUAAAUAAAGUGUAUUUUUCAGAAA